GGUUAGAGUCUACGUGGUGAGGUUCGGAACCACUAACCCGGUUGUGCACUAUCACCAUGGUUGAGACCCGUACUGGGAAGAGCACUAGCCCCUAUACCCAGGAACAGCAAGAGAAGAUGGCCGCCUUAGUGAGAGAGAACAAGGAGAGGAAAGAGCUCCUGAAACAGGCAAAGUUGAAAGCAAUCGCAGAGGAGCAGGCGGCGAAGAUGAAGAAGUUGGAAGAAGAGAUAGAGGAGAAGAAAAAGGCUGUCGAGGAAGAAGCAGCAGCAGAAGCAGAAGAGGAGAGAAAACGCAGGGAGGUAAAAGGGGAAAGUAGUGGCACGACAAAUAAGGAUGCAACCAUGAAGAAGAAGAUCAGCGAGUGGAUUGCUAAUUUAUCAUUGGGGGAUGAGGAGGAGGCAGAGUUUUAUGUGCCCCAGGAUGAGAGGGAUGCGUUAGCCAAUGAGCUAGCAGCAAUCGAGGACCCCCUGGAAAGGCAAGAAGUAGAGGAGGAGAAGAAGUUGGAAUGGAAACUGAGGAUGAAAAGAGAAAAGAAGAGGAGAAGGGAGGAAGUUAACAGGUUGACCGCAAAAGUGGCAAAAGUGAGGGAUUGUAGACAGGAAGUGCAGGCGCAGACAGACAUGUCUGCCAAAAUGGAUAAGAUGUUGGGAUACUUGGAAGUGUUGAGUGCAGCUUGGAUGGAGGAGCGCCAAGCCAACUGGGGUCACGAUGUGGCCCUGAAGGCCAUGCGGUCAGGAUUUCGGGAUUUUGCGCGCGAUAUGGUCACCCACGUUGGGGGCGAAGUUAGACGGUUGAGAGACAGCGUGGGAAAGUUCUGUGAGGGCGCUAUUGAGAGUGCCAAAGCGGUAGCCACUGUCGAUAGUGAGGCCAGGCCUCGUACAGAGCCCGUCAAACUGAAAUUCCUAGAUGCAUACGGCGGGAAGGAGGAGAAUUUCGAUAACUGGGAGGCAAGCAUCAAUAGCUAUAUAUACUUACAACACAUCUUGACUGAGGAGCAAGUCCUCGUCGCCUUCCAGGCCCUCAAGGACGAAGCGGCUAGCUUUGCCAGAUCCCUUGCGCCCGCAGCCGGUUGUGAAAACAACCUGGUUGCAUAUUCUAAGGUCACCCCCCUUCCUCAAUUCUUCAAACUCCUGAGGGAGAGAUUUGUUGAUCCAUCGAGAGGCGUUAGAGCCUAUGACAAGUUACAAACUAUCCACUCACGACAGUGGAGGAGUGCAAGAGCACCCGUCCCGGACCAUGGGGUCACUAAGACCCAACUGGUCCAAUUGUUCUAUCGUGCCAUGCCCGAGCUCCUGCGUGGGCAUUUCUUUGACAAAUCUCAACAGGCCGACAUCACCUAUGAUGUGCUAAGUAGAGAGGCGGUCCUGUUUGUCCAUGCCAGUUUUCACUUUUUGGCAUAAGGACUUGGAUAAAGGGAAGAAGUGGAAAGGGCGUACCAUCUCUGGCCAAGUUAGGGCCAAGGAUCACAGGAUCCUUACUUUAGAAGAAGGUGGUACUGAUAAAGUCCCCUACAGUGA